CCAGCUGCCACACCGACACCCCCAGCUGCCACCACACCACUACCUCUGACACCACCAAUCAGGCAGAGAACAGCAAGAUGACCCCAGGAGUAGUUUCUUCAGUGGAGGAAUUCCCGACCAUAUUAGAACUAGACGCAGAAGGUGAGAAUCUACCUGGCCAUAUUGUUGAUGAGUCGUUCAGUAUGGCCCAGUUGGAGGUCCUAUGCCCCUUGUGUGAUGAACAGUUCUUCUGUAUGGCAGAUUAUGUCACUCACUUGGAGAGUUGCCAUAAUUGAGGAACUGCCUUACUGUAUGAUAAUUAUGUCACCUACCUGGAGUAUAUCACCAUAACUAAUGAACCACUUGAUCAUGUUACCUUACCUCCAGUAUUGCCAUAACUAAGGAUCUCACCUGGGGAAGGAGUCGCCAUACAGGUAAGCUGUCAACAUGGCGACCUUUUUCCUCAAAUAAAUGUAUAUUUAA